CCCAAACACGCCCCUAUCCCCUUUUCGUAUAUCCCAGAAUCCUCAAUCCUCUACUUUUUAACCCCCUACAAACCGCGCGCACACACACAGUCGUCGUUUUUUCCACUUGCAAGUCUCACAUUCUCUCUCUCCUCUUUCUCUCUCUACAGUUUCUCGUGACUGUUAGCUCAGGAAAAGCGGCGAAUUCGUAAUCGCCAGCUCCGCUACGAAGUUCUGCUUCUCUCCGGUUACAACUUUUUACAGUUGAAAAUGGUGGGAGAAGAGGACGGUGGUAUGAAGAAUAAAGUAACGAUAGGAGUUUGUGUGAUGGAAAAGAAGGUGAAGUCCGGCUCCGAGGCCUUUUCGGGGCCGAUGUUGCAGAUUUUGCAGAGAUUAGAGGCGUUUGGAGAAUUUGAGAUAGUGCAUUUUGGGGACAAGGUAAUACUUGAAGAGCCUAUUCAGAGCUGGCCGAUAUGCCAAUGCCUGAUUGCCUUCCAUUCCUCUGGUUAUCCUCUGGAGAGGGCUGAGGCAUAUGCUGCACUAAGAAAGCCUUUCCUUGUGAAUGAACUGGGACAACAGCGUCUUCUUCAUGAUCGAAGGAAAGUAUACGAGCGGCUUGAAUUUUAUGGCAUUCCUGUACCAAGAUAUGCCCUAGUUAACCGAGAAUCUCCGAAUGAAGAGUUGGAUUAUUUUAUUGAGGAGGAAGAUUUUGUUGAGGUCCAUGGGAAUCGAUUCUGGAAGCCUUUUGUAGAGAAGCCUAUUGAUGGUGACGACCACAGUAUAAUGAUAUACUAUCCUAGUUCAGCUGGUGGAGGAAUGAAGGAGUUGUUCCGAAAGAUUGGGAACCGAUCUAGUGAAUUUCGUCCUGAUGUCAGAAGAGUCAGACGUGAAGGGUCUUAUAUAUACGAGGAAUUCAUGCCUACUGGGGGAACCGACGUGAAGGUGUAUACAGUGGGCCCUGAGUAUGCUCACGCUGAGGCGAGAAAAUCUCCUGUGGUUGAUGGAGUUGUUAUGAGGAAUCCUGAUGGUAAAGAAGUCAGAUAUCCUGUUCUACUUACUCCCGCUGAGAAGCAAAUGGCAAGGGAGGUGUUCAGUGCUUUUGGGCAAGCUGUUUGCGGAUUUGAUCUCUUACGUUGCGAUGGGAGAUCCUACGUCUGUGAUGUCAAUGGAUGGAGCUUUGUUAAGAAUUCGCACAAAUAUUACGAUGAUGCUGCUUGUGUUCUGAGAAAGAUGUUUCUUGAUGCAAAGGCCCCACAUCUUUCUUCAACACUUCCUCCAACUUUGCCAUGGAAGGUUAACGAACCAGUUCAGCAGUCUGAAGGAUUAACACGGCAAGGAAGUGGAAUCAUUGGGACAUUUGGGCAAUCUGAAGAGCUACGUUGUGUGAUCGCCAUUACUCGUCAUGGUGACAGAACUCCAAAGCAGAAAGUAAAAUUGAAAGUCACCGAGGAAAAGCUUUUAAAUUUGAUGUUAAAAUAUAAUGGGGGGAGACCUAGAGCAGAGACAAAGCUGAAAAGUGCAAUCCAGUUGCAAGAUCUUUUGGAUGCAACACGAAUUUUAGUUCCUCGUGUCAGACCUGGUCGAGAAAGUGAUAGUGAAGCUGAAGACAUUGAGCAUGCCGAAAAGCUUCGCCAAGUGAAAGCUGUGCUAGAGGAGGGUGGUCAUUUUUCUGGCAUAUAUAGAAAGGUUCAACUUAAGCCAUUAAAAUGGGUUAAGGUUCAAAAAGCUAAUGGUGAAGGAGAAGAAGAACGACCUACUGAGGCCUUGAUGGUUCUUAAAUAUGGUGGUGUUCUUACUCAUGCUGGCAGAAAGCAGGCUGAAGAACUGGGAAGGUACUUUCGGAAUAACAUGUAUCCAGGUGAAGGUACUGGUCUGCUUCGUCUCCACAGUACUUACCGCCAUGACCUAAAAAUAUACAGCUCAGACGAAGGCCGUGUACAGAUGUCAGCAGCUGCUUUUGCGAAGGGUCUCCUUGACUUGGAAGGACAAUUGACGCCUAUUUUGGUUUCACUUGUCAGCAAGGACUCCUCAAUGUUGGAUGGACUUGACAAUGCUAGUAUUGAGAUUAAAGAAGCUAAGGCCAGGUUAAAUGAGAUUAUAACUUCUGGCUCAAAAUCUGCUCACAACAAUAGCUCACGAGAAAAACCUUGGAUGGUUGAUGGAGCUGGACUUCCUCCAAAUGCAUCUGAAGUCUUACCUAAACUGGUCAAGUUAACAAAGAAAGUUACUGAACAAGUAAGACUCCUAGCCAUUGACGAAGACGAGGAGCUUGCUGAGUCAAGCUCAUAUGAUGUAAUUCUCCCAUAUGAUCAAGCUAAGGCACUUGGUAAGACGCAUAUAGAUGUUGAUCGGAUUGCAGCAGGGCUACCUUGUGGCGAGGGAUUUCUUCUCAUGUUUGCUCGUUGGAGAAAACUUGAGAGAGAUUUGUAUAAUGAACGCAAAGAGCGGUUCGAUAUCACACAAAUUCCUGAUGUCUAUGACUCUUGCAAGUAUGAUCUCUUGCACAAUGCACAUCUAAAUCUGGACGGCUUAGACGAACUUUUCAAAGUUGCUCAGUUACUUGCAGAUGGCGUCAUUCCAAACGAGUACGGAAUCAAUGCGAAGCAAAAACUGAAAAUUGGAUCAAAGAUUGCUCGUCGGUUGCUGGGAAAAAUAUUAAUUGAUCUGAGGAAUACACGUGAAGAAGCAAUAAGCGUUGCAGAAUUGAAGAGUAAUCAAGACAAUAAUAUAGCAGUGCCUGCUCCAAAGGAAGAAACGGAUUACCAUACAAAGGCCUAUGGUAAGAUAGAUGGCACGAGAAGGGCUAGUUUUACCAGUGACAUGUCAAUGGACCAAGAUGAAGAUGACGAUAAAGAACCUAAAUACCGUUUGGAUCCAAAAUACGCAAACGUGAAAACACCAGAGCGUCAUGUGCGAACCCGGCUAUAUUUUACUUCGGAGUCACAUAUCCAUUCGUUAAUGAAUGUUCUCCGAUACUGCAACCUGGAUGAAUCUCUUCAAGAAGAACCUAGCCUUGUUUGUGACAACGCAUUGGACCGCUUGUAUCGGACAAAGGAGCUUGAUUACAUGAGUUACAUUGUAUUCAGGCUAUUCGAGAACACAGAGGUGGCUUUAGAAGAUCCGAAGAGAUUCCGUAUCGAGAUGACUUUUAGCAGAGGUGCAGAUUUAUCCCCUCUGGAGAGUAAUGAUAGUGAGGCAGCUUCGUUGCAUCAGGAGCACACAUUGCCAAUAAUGGGGCCCGAGAGACUGCAGGAUGUCGGAUCGUAUUUAACAUUAGAGAUGAUGGAGAAAAUGAUUCGUCCAUUCGCAAUGCCUGCUGAAGAUUUUCCUCCACCAUCAAUCCCACAAGGUUUCUCUGGUUACUUCUCCAAAAGUGCUGCCGUUUUGGAACGCCUUGUCAAUCUCUGGCCAUUUCACAAGCAUAGUAGCAACAGCAACGGCUCUAGCCCGAGAAAGUCUAGGACCGAGAACCACAAGAAUCAAGCUGAAGAAACGAUGUAUUAAAGCUGGUACUUUCCACUUGCCAGCUGCUAUCUUGUUUUAUAUUUGUUCAUGUAUGUAGCAGUUUGACGGUGAUUCAAAUUAGAGGAUCUUUCUCUAAUGUAAGAUUGACUCUGCUAAAUACGUUUUCACAGUUUCAAAGGGGAAGUGCACUUUCACUAUGGGUUUUUACA